GGGGAGACGGGCCAGUCCAAGCUCAUGCCCUCUGCCUCCCUGGAGGCCGCCAAGAAGGACUUUGAGAAGAAGUUUCAGGAGAAGACCAAGAAUAGCUGGGCGGCGAGGGAGAACUUCGUUGCCCAGCCGGGGAAGUACACGCUCAUCGAGGUGCAGCCAGGGGCCGGGCAGGAUGUGGAGGUUGCUCUCAAGGUGAGUGUGCUGGGCAGCCAGGGUGUCUGCAAGCAGCGGGUGCUGCCCUGCACCUUGGACAAAGCCACGCAGGACCUGGUGUCCCUCAUCUUCAGCAGUGACAUGUUCCGGGAUGCCAUGCAAACCAUGAAUAUCGACGUGAAGAAGAUGCCGCUGGGGAAGCUGAGCAAGCAGCAGAUCGCGAGGGGCUUUGAGGCGCUGGAGGAGCUGGAGGCAGCGCUGCGGGAGCAGCCCCCCCAGGCUGCCCGCCUGGAGGACCUCUCCUCCCGCUUCUACACCAUCGUCCCCCAUAACUUUGGCCGGGCACGGCCACCCCCCAUCAACUCCCCCGACCUGCUGCGUGCCAAGAAGGACAUGCUGUUGAUGUCCCCGGUCUGUGCCUGCCAGGUCCUGGCUGACAUCGAGGUGGCACAGAGCCUGCAGGCGCAGAAGGUGAAGGAGGAGGAGGAGGAAGUCGCCCAUCCGCUGGAUCAGGAUUACGCCCUGCUCUGCUGCCAGCUCUCCCUGCUAGACCCGGCUUCCCGGGAAUACCAGCUGAUACAAAACUACGUGACGCAGACCGGGCACAAUCUCCGCAUCCUCAACAUCUGGCAGGUGUCCCGAGAUGGCGAGGACGAGCGCUUCAAAGCCCACGAGCUCCUGGAGCACCGGCGCCUGCUUUGGCACGGCACCAACGUGGCGGUGAUCGCGGCCAUCCUGAAGAGCGGGCUGCGCAUCAUGCCCCACUCGGGCGGGCGUGUGGGCAAGGGCAUCUACUUCGCCUCCGAGAACAGCAAGUCAGCCUGCUAUGUGCGCUGCACAUCCAAGAAGAUUGGCAUCAUGUUCCUGACGGAGGUGGCCCUGGGCAAGCCCUACUGCAUCACCUCUGAUGACCCCACGCUGUGUCAGCCGCCCGCUGGCUACGACAGUGUCCUGGCCUGCGGUCAGACGGAACCGGACCCUGCACAGGAUGAGGAGAUGCUGCUAGAUGGCAAGAAGGUGCUGGUGUGCCAGGGCAAGCCCAUCCCCAUGCCCACCUACAAGGACUCCUCCUUCAGACAGAGCGAGUACCUCAUUUACCAGGAAAGCCAGUGCCGGAUCCGCUACCUUGUCCAGCUCCGCUUCUGA